AUGCCUAAAUUUAUCAGAUACCCCUCUUAUUAUUAUACAGAUGAAUUCAGAGAUUAUGUUUAAAAGCAUAAAAUACAAGUCGACAAAAAUCAUGGUUACUCAUUCAUUUAACUCUAAAGAGAUUAUUACUUCCCUGGCCAGGUUGUUAGAGGAUACGCAUUAUUAAAUUUUUUUACGGAUAUCUCUGCUAAAACAAUAAACAUUAGAGUGAAGGGCUAGGAAAUCCCAGGUAAGUAUUCUUCAGAGAUAAAGAGCAAAAUAAAGAAUGAUCUUGAAGGUUUUAAAGACGAAUUUAUGACAAAUACACUCAAUAACUCAAUGAUGGAUCGUAAUGAUGAUUCUGCGAUCAUAAAUGAAUUCUCUAAUUUGCGAAAUUCUAAUGAAGUCAAGCCUAACCGUUAAAAAUCAUGGAGAAAUAUUCUAAUGACUGGGCCACAGUCAGGUGAAGCUUCUAAUACCAAAUCUAAGAAUCCUAGCAUGUUUCAAAAAAGACAACUAACAUUUAGGAAAGAUGAGAAGCUAGAAAAAGAUAGAACUCAUAACCCCACUAGUCCUAGUCACACAAUAAUCUCUCCUACUUCUAAAGAUCUAACUUUGGGUCGUGCUGAAAGGCGAUAAUUGAUAAAUCAAAAGAAAUCAAGCCAUAGAUUAGACAUUAUUGACUCAGCUUACUCAUUAUCAAAGAAAAAAUAAAGGAAAAAAAAUGAUAACAAUGCCAUUCUUUUAUUUGAGAAUACAAUAUCCGCUUUUUAAUUCAAAUCAAAAUAUAUAUAAAAAGGUUAAUAUAGACUACCCUUUUCUUUUCAGUUGCCUUUGAAUAUACCUGGUACUUUUAGCUAUGUCAGCAAUAAUGGAGAUUCUUUUAUAAUAAACUACAUAAUGGAGGUAUUCAUAGAGGAUAUGCCAGAUGUAAUAUAUAGUAAAAUUGAAAUAGAUGUAAGAGAGUUUUUAUUUACAGCUACAGAGAUUGAUAGAGAUUUUCAAGAAUUUCAAUAAAUCAUUAAUCUCAGAAAAUUAUUAGCCCCUGUGUCUUCUCUUUCAAAUAGGAUUAUUAUAGAUAUGCAAUCAGCAAAAGAUAAAUGCAUGAAGUUAACUGAUGAAAUGCGCAGUCAAUCAUUAGCAAUCACUAACAAUUAGUGGUAGUUGCAAUAAGAAAUCAUUAGCUAAAAGUGUCUCUGUUUUUAAACUCACUACUACGUUGAAAUACAUGCAUAGAUUAAUAAACAGCUCUUUUACCCAAAUGAAUAAGUUAUUGUAAAUUACUAUGUCGACAAUACUCGCAAUCAAAGAGACAUUAAGAAUGUGUCAUGCACUCUUACUCAUAACAUCUAAAUAAUGAAAGGAUAGAAAGUGAUGAAUGAGUUGAGUUUUGACCUUAAACUGAUUUAGUUUAGUGGCAUUCAAAGAUUCACUAAAUAAGAACGAAAAGAAUUUUUAUUCGACCUAAGCAAAGUAUUCUCGCAUUUUCCCGGAAGUAACUAAAUGAUUGACAUCAAAAGGAGGAAAAAAUCAAUUUUAAGGAGAGUUACAAUAAAAAAUGAAUGCAAUGAAACUUCUCCAGGCUUGAUAGGUGCUUAAUUCCAAAGGCAACUCAGCAGGUUUAUUUAAAAUACGGAAAAGUUUACUUUUCUAAGUGUUAAUGGUAUUAGUAUAAAGAGCUCAUUUAGUGUGGAUGUAGCAGUCACAAUAUCAGAUCUAUUUGGAGAUAUUAAACAUGAAAAGAAAUUUCCAAUUUAGAUAAGAACUCCUAAAAAUGGUUAAUUUAUAAGUGACUUUGAAAUGAUUGGCUGCUGUCCUUAAAUGUUAUGUACAAAAUAGCAGAUAGAAAAUGAAAAGUUCGAAAUUGAUCCGAUAUAGCUUCCAGGAUGUAAUUUCUAAAUCUAAUUAGGUGUGUAAAAACAAUGA